GGUGCGGAAAUCCGGCUGAUAUGCCGCUAAAUAAAAAAUUCUGCUCUCAUUGAGAUUUUAUCAAAUGUGGCUAGAUUUUUUAAUUCAAACGCCAACCAUAAUCCGAUUGUACGGUGUACUUUGAAACGUAAUUGCAAAGUGCGUUUCAUGUGUUUGUAAAUCGGCAGUGAUGACAUAUCGUAAACGUCAACUUGAAAAUUGCAUUUUCGUGCAACUCAAGCAAACAAAUCAUCCCAGAGCUUCAGCACAGUGGUCUUCGUGAAAGCAACAAAAAAAAACACUUUGUUACAAGAAUCAUCAUAAACACAACAAUUCCAACACAAUGUUCAACAAUAACUAAACAUUUUUAAUUAGAAGUAACUUCUCGUUUGAAAAUAUUCGCUUUAAGAUUGAACUUUGUCGGAACUUAUUGUUUACUCCCCAAAGUGCGAAUAGAUUAGUCACCAUUGUCUAUUCUCUGGUUUGAUAAAAAAAAAAUCCAACAUCAAAAUGACUUUGCCUGAGUUUUUCGGUUGUGCUUUCCUUGCUUUUGGGCCAGCGCUGGCAAUGUUCACCAUGACCAUUGCACAAGAUCCAAUUCGAAUUAUCAUUCUGGUUGCGGCCGCAUUUGUAUGGCUUUGUUCACUUUUGCUCUCAUCACUCGUCUGGUUCAUAUUCGUACCGCUUCGAAAUGUCACAAUCUUUGGAAUGAUCAUCUCCAUUCUCAUUCAGGAGAUGUUUCGAUACGGCAUUUAUCGCGGAAUACGUGAAUGUGAAAAUGGGCUGCAACUGGUGUCGGAUAACUCGCGCAUCGUUGAGAACAAACACAUUUUGGCCUAUGUAUCUGGCUUGGGAUUCGGCAUUAUGAGCGGAGCAUUUGCAUUAGUUAACAUUUUGGCUGACUCAGUCGGUCCAGCAACGGUUGGUCUACUGGGAGGACAUCAAUAUUUUCUCCUCACCAGUUCGGCACAGGCCCUGUGUAUGAUUCUAUUGCACACAUUCUGGAGUGUGAUUUUCUUCAAUGCAGUCGACACACAAUCACGAUUGCAUAUCGGUUAUGUUGUAGUCAGCCAUUUGAUUGUAUCCUGUUUAACGCUACUGAACCGCCUCGAAAUGUAUUCGCUUACAUUGACCUCAAGCUAUUUGAUUACAGUGGCGACGGCCAUCAUCGCAUUCAGAGUCGUGGGCGGUUCGAAAGAGUCAUUCAAACGCUUCGUCACAUGUAAAUAACAGCAACAACGCUCUUCUAUAUAAGGCCAACAGAUCAGUACAACAUGUUUUCAAACUCUGUCGUCCGCGUGCUAUUCAAACUACUUUUUUUUAGCUUUGUUCAUGAAAGAUAUUUCUUUGGGGGAGUAUAAUCAAUUUGGAUUAUUACCCAUUCUGAAGAUGUUACAAACAUUCGAAUUUUACGAUGAAUGUACACGAUAAUCUUUUAAUUUUUAAAUCGUAGUAGCUGUAUAAAUAUUGUACGAUUAAGUCAUGUAUUUUCGAUAUAUAAAUUGCGGUUUUUUAUGCAAAAUCGUUUAAGUAACAAAAUAAAAAGAAAUUAUUAUUAUCGUUGUGAAUAAACUUCAACGCA